AUGCAUGUCAAAAGUCAUGGCUUGGACUUGAUUUGUUGCAGUUCCAUCGACCCUUUGCUGUCAACUUGCGAAUUCUCUUCGUAUUGUCGCUUUGAAGAAUGCUCUUGCCACUUAUCUUUACGAGAUGAUUUCGAAUGUUCACUCAAUUCAACUCUAGAUACUCCCUUCUCAUGGAAAGACCAUGCUGUCAAUCCAAAUCCUUUACCUUGCAUGGAGGCCAAUUUACCAAAUAAUGAUGUUCCUUAUCAGUUGAAUAUACUGCAUUGGAAGCCAAGAAAAACCAGAAGCUUCUUGACUGGAAUCUGCGAAUUAAAUGUGACUUCGUUAUCACUCCGAGAUAUUUCACCUGAAAUGGGUUUAAUAGAUUUUCAAUCAUGCUUAACUUCCAUCCAGUCUAUUGAAAUUAACCUCAAAAGUCUACAAACAAUUGAUAUGUACAGCAUGAUAGAAGCGUCGGAGAAUCUGAACAGCUUAAGACUUGUUAACGUGAAUUUUGAACUUUGGGAUAACAUCUCGCCUUGGACACAAACGAUUUCGUAUUUCCACAUUGAAAACUCUUCCAUCACAACAUUACCCAAAUGGCUUGCGUUAUCCGAAAACCUUCAGCAACUUUUUAUGAGCCAUACAAAUUUGAACUCUAUCUCUGUAGUUUCCCAGCUUUCACAUCUGAGAUCUGCUAAACUAAGUCACAAUAAAAUAAACGACUUGAGCAAGAGUGUUCUAAACAAUCGGGAGUUAUACGAUUUGGAUCUAAGUCAUAAUUUGGUUUCAUCAAUAGCUUCUUAUACAUUUAUAAACUGUCCUGAACUCAGAGUUCUCGAUCUCAGCUAUAAUCCUCUCAGUAGCCUACCUUACAAGCCAUUUGCCAAAAACACAAAGUUGAAAUGGUUGAAGCUUGAUGGGACUAAUAUUCAUACCUUGAGUACGGAUCAUUUUGCUGGAUUGACUUCCUUAAAAACUUUGUCAUUGUCUCGAACCCCACUCAAAGUCAUUUCACCUUAUUCAUUCCUACCGCUGAAAAGCCUAAAGAUGCUCAACUUGGAAUCUACAAACUUGACAAGAGUUCCGGCAGCUGUAACUCAGAACUGUGGCCUCACUCACUUAAACCUGGCUAAUAACUUUCUCCACCGUCAUACAUCUCUACCUCCAGAAACGCUUGUGAUGCUAUCAAGCUUGUCACAACUACAAAUUGAUGGAAACCCGUUAAUGGAGUUCCCUCCGUCUUUAUUGUUGCUCUCGAAAGAUAAUGCUAGAUUGUAUCGUCAAUUGAUUCAAACAAUGACAACUUUGCCGGUUUGGACCAAAGUAUCUUGCACUCCCUACUAUUGGAAUCUUCAUCUGGGCAAUAGGCAAGUGAUGAGUACAUAG